CAAUCUAUCAUAUGAGUACCACUGUAUAAAUAACCUUAUUCUUAUUUCAAUAGGAUAUAAAGAAGAAAUAAGUGGAAACUAAUAUUGGCAACAACGAAAUAUUAAAUUUUGUAACAUAAGACUCUUUUCAAAUUGCUUGAUAUGUAUUUUAUAUAUGUUUUAUAUAAAUGAUACUGAAAGUGAUAACAGUGAUAACAAAUAUUGGAAUACUCAGAGUAUUCUACAGGUUGCAGUAAUCAAUAGAUUGUUAUCCUAUUCAAUUUCUAUAUAAAGCUUUUCAUUAGUAAUUCAAAAAUGUCAAUCAUACAUUAUACUGAAAAUAUGAAAAGAAAUUUACUUGUCUUAAUAAUUGUGGCUUUCUUUAUUAUGGAUUUGUUACAUGCUCAAGAUACAGAUUUUGGAACUAUCGUUUUUGCAAAUGUUUUAUAUAGACAUGGAGAUAGAACACCUAUAAGAACAUAUCCAAAUGAUCCUUAUAAUAACGAAAGUAUAUGGCCAGUUCCAUAUGGCCAAUUAACAAAUAUUGGAAAAAAUCAACACCUACUACUUGGUCGUUGGAUACGCAAACGCUAUUCACAUCUACUAAAUGAUUUAUAUUCCCCAUAUGAUAUUUACAUUCAAAGUACAGAUGUAGACCGUACUUUAAUGUCAGCAGAAUCACAACUUGCAGGAUUAUAUCCUCCAGUUAGUAAACAAAUAUGGAGUAAUAUUAAAUGGAUGCCUAUUCCAGUGCAUACUAUUCCUGAAGAUAAGGAUAAUAUUUUGGCUGCUAAAAAAUAUUGUCCUAGAUAUGAUUAUGAACUAGAAAAAGUUCUUAAUUCUCCAGAAAUUCAAAAAAUAAAUAAAGAAAAUGAAAAAUUGUAUGCAUAUCUUACAGAAAAAACAGGAAAUAAAAUUUCAUCUCUAAGAUCUGUUGAACAACUUUAUGAUAUAUUAUUUAUUGAGGAUCUUUAUAAUAAAACAUUGCCAGAAUGGACAAAGUCAAUAUAUCCAGAUAAACUUAAACUCAUUGCUAUAAAAAGUUUUACAACUAGUGCCUACAAUAAAAUACUUCAAAGAUUAAAAUCUGGAUCCUUACUUGGAGAAAUGAUAGACCAUAUGGAAAAAAAAUCGAAAAAUGCUUUAGUACCUGAUAGGAAGGUAUGGAUGUAUAGCGCUCAUGAUGAAACUAUAGCCAACAUGUUAAUGACAUUAAAUGUUUUUGAACCACAUUGUCCUCCAUAUACUGCUACAAUUUUGAUAGAAUUAAGAGUAAAUUUAAAAGAUCAGUAUUUUGUAACAAUAUCAUAUAAAAAUAUUAGCCUGGAGGCACAAUUCCUAAAACUUCCUGGUUGUACUACAAUGUGUCCCUUAAAUCAAUUCAUUAGAUUAACGAAAGAUGUUAUACCUAUAAAUUGGGAAAAAGAAUGUGCUAUUGAAUGGGAACAACUUAAACAUAAUAUGAGUACAACAGCGAUUAUUGCAAUAAUGACAUCUUCUAUAUUGAUAUUAGUUUUAUUAAUUUUAUCUAUAAUUGGCUUUAUUUAUUGGCAUUAUAAGCGAGAACAUAAUCAGUAUUACUUUCGAUUAACGACGGAUCCUAUAUAAUUAUUAAUAUUGGAUAUAAUAUAUGAAAAUAUGAUGCAUUGCUUUCAUUACGAUACUCAACGACUUCAUAAUCAAGUAAUAUGCAAAACUAAGAUAAAUUGAUAUUUGAAAAAUCAAAUGUAAAAACAUACAUUAAGGAAUUAUCGAUUA